GGUAAUUCUUCAAAAUGGUCGCUUUGUAUGGUUUGCCAACUUGCAUGUCUGUGUUUCAGAGUUCUUUGUUUUCGUGACUGGUUUUAUAUUGUAACAUUUAGACAUUGUUUAUUUAACUUCCCAAUUGCAUGUUAUAUAAGUGAAUAUCAAUUCCUUGAUCAUAAGUUGUGGUGUAUAAGAAAGAUGUCAUCGGUAAUGUGAGAGCUCCAGACUAUCAUUUAUAUUUUACGGGAUUAUGACGUCUGUAAUUCUGAUUGAGAUUGCAACAAAUAAGAUUUAAAAGUGUCAUCAAAGAAUCAUAUGGUCAUGAGCAUAAAUAAAAGUGACAAGUAAUAUUGGAAGAAAAAAUACCUGCCAUUCAAACAUUGAAAUUUAAACAGUUGCAAUCUGAAUAGUGUGUGACAGUGAAUAAAUGCAAUCAAGUUCAAGAGUUAUGUGUAGAUGGUGCAGUGUACUCAUGUGAUGGGAGGGGUCGGGUAAGAGGUGAGGCGCUCGGGCGCGGGCGCCAUGAACCCGCCGGCGCCCGGCAAGACGGGUACCACGCGCUCAGGGUACCACCAGAAGGCGCUCGCCGAAAUCCGUAACUCCCUCCUCCCAUUUGCUAACAUUGGCAACUCGGACCCCCCUGGUUCGUCUGCGGCAAGCACUGUCAGCUCUGGCGUUAGUUCAGGCUUCAGUUCUUCAUCAGGAAAUGGCUUAGAUAAGGAUUUGAAUUUGCUGCCAUCUCUCAAUCAACUCAUUGCUCUAGGAAUUGAUGAGGAUUUAGCACUAAAAGCACUAAAAUCGACGGGUGGUCGCUUUGAUGCGGCACUAGAUUAUCUGAAGCAGCAGGAAACAAUAAAUGGAGUUCUGAAAACUGGUAAUCUUAGCAGCCUCAGUACAAAACUCAUAAGAAAGCCGAGCCUCGAAAGGGAAAUCAAUUUACACAGAGGUAGUCCAGCACUCGAUUCCGGUGCAGGCAGCUCUAGAUCUGAUAGUCCCAGGCAACCGGACGCCCCUGCCUUACCUCAUGAGAAGUUGAGUCGGCAGUACUCGCCGUCGGGAUUCUCUGAGCCGCCGCCGCCCCCGCCGCCGCGAUGUCCCUCCACGCCGCCCGUGCCGCCCUCCGUGCAGCAGCUCAUGAAGCGCAUGUCCCCCGCGCCCCCGCUCCCACCCGCACGCGGCACCAGCCCCGUGGCCGCCGGCGCCCCCACUCCCCCGCAACGACAACCAAUGAUCGUUCAAAAUGGACCUCAAGUGCAACAGCAACUCACACAACAGAUACAAGCUUUGAGCAUUUACCCCUCGGGUGCGGGCGGGGCGGAGCUCCCCCCACCGUACCCUCUCUCCGGUGUCCCCCCGCCUCCACCCUAUUCGGUCUCUAUGCAAAACCGGCAGAGUCCGACUCAAUCUCAAGAUUACAGGAAGAGUCCGUCAUCAGGCAUCUAUUCGGGAGGCACGUCCGCCGGAUCUCCGAGCCCGAUCACCGUGACGCAGUCAACGGGCUCGGCGUCCGGCAUGACUCGCCCCACGCCCAUCCAGGCGUGGACAGCGAGACAAGCUGUCCAGCCUCCCAUCAUCAUGCAGUCCGUGAAGAGCACACAAGUGCAAAAGCCGGUACUGCAGACGGCGAUCGCGCCGGUGGCGCCGCCGGCGGUGGCCGGCGCGGGCGCGCAGCCGCCGCCGCCGUCGUACGCGAGCUCCAUCCAGCAGAAGCAGGCGCAGACGCCCCCCAGCUACCCGCUGGCCCCCAAGCCGUCGUCGCCCGGGUCCACUCCCCCCAUCAUCAUCGCCACCACGCCCACCGUCCCCACCACUGAGCCGCCGAGCUACGCCAUCACGAUGCAAGCGCUGGCGGUCCAGCGCGGCAAGCAUCCCAUGCCGCCCCCACCGUACGGUAACCAAACCGACACCACGACUACGGUCAACUCCCACCACUCACCAUUACAUAAAAAGUUCUCAAAUAACUGUGACAUGAAAGGAGAAUCGUCACAAGGGCUAGAAAUGAAAUGUUCUGUAAAUUGUACAAACAAUCUCCUGAAGGACAGUGUCGCGUCCGGCUCUGACAAGAGUUCCAAUGGGUCGUCUGAACGCAGGCCCAAGGUUGUAGAGAAAAUUAGACAUCAAUCGCCCAUACCUGAGCGUAGGAACAUCAGCAAAGAGAAAGAAGAUGAAAGAAGAGAUUGUAAGGUUCGAAAUUACUCCCCUCAAGCUUUCAAAUUCUUUAUGGAGCAGCAUGUCGAAAAUAUACUGAAGUCAUACAAACAACGAACUUUCCGACGGAUGCAGCUUGAAAAGGAGAUGACUAAGAUAGGUCUCAGUGAAGAAGCACAGUGCCAAAUGAGGAAGAUGCUUUCUCAAAAAGAAUCUAAUUACAUUAGGCUGAAAAGGGCGAAAAUGGACAAAUCAAUGUUCACAAAGAUUAAACAUAUCGGUAUUGGUGCGUUCGGAGAAGUGACGUUGGUGAAGAAGAUUGAUACUAGUCAUCUAUAUGCCAUGAAGACACUGAGGAAAGCUGACGUUCUGAAGAGGAAUCAGGUGGCGCAUGUGAAGGCCGAGCGCGAUAUCUUGGCAGAGGCCGACAACGAGUGGGUCGUCAAGUUGUAUUACAGCUUCCAGGACAAGGACAAUUUGUAUUUCGUCAUGGAUUAUAUCCCUGGGGGUGAUUUGAUGUCGUUGCUGAUAAAGUUGGGUAUUUUUGAGGAGAAUCUGGCGCGGUUUUACAUCGCGGAGUUGACGUGCGCGGUGGAGAGCGUCCAUAAGAUGGGCUUCAUUCACCGGGACAUCAAGCCUGACAACAUCCUCAUCGACCGAGACGGGCACAUCAAGUUGACGGACUUCGGGCUGUGCACCGGCUUCCGGUGGACGCACAACUCCAAAUACUAUCAGAGAAAUGACCACGGACGACAGGACUCCAUGGACCCGGUGGACGGCGAGUGGGGCGCGCUGGGCGAGUGUCGCUGUCACCAGCUGAAGCCGCUGGAGCGACGCCGCAAGCGCGAGCACCAGCGCUGCCUGGCGCACUCGCUGGUGGGCACGCCCAACUACAUCGCGCCCGAGGUGCUGCAGCGCACCGGCUACACGCAGCUGUGCGACUGGUGGUCCGUCGGCGUCAUCUUGUACGAGAUGCUGGUGGGCUCGCCGCCCUUCCUGGCCUCCACGCCGGCCGAAACGCAACUCAAGGUUAUCAACUGGGAGAGCACUCUACACAUCCCAGACGCAGCCAACUUAUCCCGAGAAAGCAAGGACCUCAUCCUCAAACUCUGCUCCGGGCAGGACACGAGGCUGGGAAACCAUGCCAGCGAAGUAAAAAACCAUCCGUUCCUCAAAAGCAUCGACUUCGAGAAGGGCCUCCGGAGACAAACGGCCCCAUAUAUCCCAAGGAUAGAAUACCCAACGGACACAUCUAAUUUUGAUCCGAUUGACCCGGACAAACUCCGGAACUCUGGAAGUACAGAUUCGAAUAAAUCUGACAGUGAACUGCUCGACAAUAAGACUUUCCAUGGCUUCUUCGAAUUCACAUUUCGAAGGUUUUUUGACGAUGGAUACUCUAACACGAAUAGGAUCAAUCUUGACGACAACGAUAACCCCGGAGCUGUUUACGUAUAGUGCCAGAGGAACGAGACAAAAAGGUCUCUGAGAAUUUGAACCAUAGAAUAUUCUAAAAAAAUUUGGCUUAUUUUUUACAAGAUUUUCAUACUACAUAUGCUAAUAAUAUGCUGGUAUAAAGUUAAAUAGAUAUACGCUGCUGUUUGGUAAUACACACAAAAACUUCACAAUAUUUUUGAAAUUCAGUCUGUUUAGCACAGGAAUAUUGCUAUUACAACUCGGGAACAAAAUUAAUGUUUAUAAUUCUCGAGACAGUUUUGCCUCUCACCUGGCGCCGGGGCUCCGCAUCGUCACAGUGAUACUGGACACUAACGUAGAACUUUACAAAGUGUGUGUGCCUAAACUCUCUCUCUAUUAAAAUAUUAGGUUUUGUAACGUAACAUAUUUAAAAAUAAUUAAAAUCGUAUUGUUAAUAAUCCCGGUGAUAAUGCUGUAAUAUUGUAUCGUUAUGUAUUUGUAAGAGUAUUCUUAUUCGAUUGUAAAUUAAUAUGUAACGGAUGACGGGCGCUGUACGAUGCUCGUAGCUUACUUACACUUCACAUUUUCAAAUUUUAAAUGUCUUGCUCGAAAUAUCUUGCAUUUUAUAAGUUUUCUUAAAAUAUCUGUUAGGCGAAAUAAGCCUUUAAAUGUAUAAUCAAGUUAAGUAGCACAGAAAUUUGGCAAAUUGUCUGAAUGCAAUAAGUGUUGCCAUAUAAUGACAUAUUGUUGUUUAAUCCACCAACAAGCAGUCUAUUGAUGCAUAAAAAACGGGAUUUGCUAUAUUUCUGUGUCUCCAUCUCGUCUUCAUAUAUAAAAAUACUCAUAUUUCUUCUAAUGGCAGGAAAGUUAUGACCAAUUGAUAUAAUUUUCAGAGGUAUUUUAAGUAGUGUCGUGUGAUUGAGCUGUUACGAAAUGCCGCUGGUGCUAUGGCGCGGCCGUCCGUUCAAUGUAUACUAUUUUUGUAAUUAGAGAAAUUAUUUAUAAAAUAAGAACAAGCUUAAUUGAAUUAGCGAAUGAUUUGAUAUUGUCAUUAUAUUUUCUUAUGUAUUUAUCGAGAUAGUUCGCAAAUGUGUGUUUGUUUAUAUUAUAAUAUACCGUAAUUUAUGAAGUCAGCAGUAACGAGCGAAACUCGCCGGCUCAACGCGUGUGCCUUAUAUUCAGCGUAAACGUUUUAUACAUUUUUGUAUGAGUAGUCUAAUCCCUGCAAGAAACUAAAUCAAUUCAUAACACAGAGAGUGCAAUAAAAUAUUUAUUAAAAAAAAACUCUCAUUACUUGUUGAAGCAUAGUUAUCGACUGAGUUCUAGAUAUAUUCUAAAAUUAUUUAUACUUGGAUGUCACAUAGCGUUCAUCUUCAGUCAUUUUUAAUAUUAUUUAUAAACAUACAACUUAGUAAUUUGUUUUCACUAACAAUAUCCGUAAUGAUGUAGUUGAAAUAAUAACUACUUAAUAACACGAGCAAAAUGGUGUGAUUUGAAUACAGUAAGGCGGGGCGUGCCCUCGCCGUGUACAGGAAGGAGUCACUGCAACAUUAAUUGUGUUAUUGAAUGUAAAUUGUUUUAUUUUGAAAUAAGACAUGCUUAUAAGGAGUAAAUGAAAAUAAAAUAUGGGAA